AUGUCGGCUUCUCUUGUCACAUUUGAACGCCCUCGUAUUGGAAAUUCAAACACUAUUUUCAAGAGCGGGCAUCUUCUCAUAUCUUCCAAAGGCUUAGGUUGGAAUACGUGGAAGAAGCGAUGGUUUAUCCUUACGCGUACUUCUUUGGUUUUCUUCAAGAGUGACCCGAAUUUACUUCAGCAGCGAGGGGGUGAAGUAAAUCUGACUCUAGGGGGCAUUGAUUUAAAUAAUUCAGGGAGUGCUGUUGUUCGAGAAGAUAAGAAGCUUAUAACUGUUUUGUUUCCUGAUGGACGUGAUGGACGAGCAUUUACUCUUAAGGCAGAGACAUUCGAGGAUUUGUGUGAGUGGAAGACAGCCCUUGAACAUGCUCUUGCACAAGCACCAAGUGCUGCUCUUGUGAUGGGACAUACUGGGAUAUUUAGGAGUGACACUAAUGAAACAAUUGAAGGAUCUUUCCCUCAAUGGAGAGAUAAACGUGUGGCUAAGUCUUUGGUAGUUGGACGGCCAAUUUUGCUCGCAUUAGAAGAUAUAGAUGGAGGCCCAUCCUUUCUUGAAAAAGCACUUCGAUUUCUCGAGAAGUAUGGAGUUAAAGUAGAAGGAAUUCUGCGGCAGUCUGCAGACACCGAGGAAGUAAAUCGAAGAGUGCAAGAAUAUGAACAAGGCAAUACUGAAUUUGAUCCGGAUGAGGAUGCUCAUGUUAUUGGCGACUGUGUUAAGCAUGUUCUUCGGGAGCUGCCUUCAUCUCCGGUUCCUGCAUCAUGCUGCACUGCUUUGUUGGAAUCCUACAAAAUUGAUCGGAAAGAAGCACGGGUGAAUGCAAUGUGCUCUGUAAUACGGGAGACAUUUCCUGAGCCCAAUAAGUGUCUGUUACAGAGAAUUCUUAAGAUGAUGCAUACUAUUUCCUUGCACGUUUCUGAGAAUCGGAUGACUCCAUCUGCUGUUGCUGCUUGUAUGGCUCCAUUGCUCUUGCGGCCUCUUGUAGCUGGUGAAUGUGAAUUAGAGGAUGAUGUUGAUACCAAUGGUGACAAUUCUGCACAACUUCUUGCUGCUGUGAAUGCUGCUAAUAAUGCCCAAGCAAUCAUUACAACACUCUUGGAGGAUUAUGACAACAUUUUUGAUAUUGAUAGUCUGCAUAGAUGCUCUAUAUCUGUGGAUUCUCAAACUGAAAACGGCGGGAGUGAAGAUACAACUGAUGAUGAAAAUCUAGAUAUGAAAGAUGAUGGUUAUCAUGAUGCUGAAAAUGAAGUCGACCCUGAAACAGAUGAUGAUUGUGAUCAUAGACUCGGUGGAAAGUUGAGUGAAAGUAGUGGAUCUGUAGCCGGCGAUCUGUAUGACCAUAAGGUCAAUGGAAAUGACGAUUCAGAAAUUGGCACAGAAAAUCAUACUCUGAGAACAAAAUCAAAUAUAACAGUAGACCCAAAACCUCUUAGAAAUUCUAACAUCUCAAUUAAUGAGCAACUGGGCCAACAGAUGGAGGCUUGUGAAAACUUGACAGAUUUUUCUACAGAUUUACCUGGCAAUGAGUCUCAACGAUCCUUAGGAGAAAUUUUGUCAUCUAUGGAUCAAGAACUACAUCUAUCUGUUCAUGGACCUGAGACAUUGGUUGAGAAGUCAGCUACCAAACAUACAAAUUGCAAUCUCAAUGUCAAGAGCUCAACAUUUUGGGGAAGAAAAAAUACCCAAAAAUCACCUUCAAUGGAAUCUAUUGAUUCUUCUGGGGAGGAAGAACUUGCCAUCCAGAGAUUAGAGCUUGCGAAGAAUGAUUUACGUCACAGGAUUGCUAAAGAGGCAAGAGGAAAUGCAAUUUUGCAAGCUAGCUUGGAGAGAAGGAAGCAAGCUCUGCACGAACGUCGUUUGGCACUCGAACAGGAUGUUGGAAGACUGCAAGAACAGUUGCAAGCUGAGAGAGAUUUACAGGCCGCACUGGAAGUUGGCUUGAGCAUGUCUUCUGGACAGUUUUCUGGCACUCGUGGAAUAGAUUCUAAGACAAGGGCCGAGCUUGAGGAGAUAGCUCUUGCUGAAGCAGAUGUGGCCAGAUUGAAACAGAAAGUUGCCAAACUUCACCAUCAGCUAAAUCAGCAAUGUCAGCAUCAAUUUGGCUCUCUCUCUGAUGAACGGGAUCAUUAUCAGGAUGCUGCCAAUCAUAGUUCACCAAGGAAAUAUUUUCAGCAAGAUUUUGACACGACCCUUGCUUUUAUUAACCAUGAAAGAAAACAAAGAACUGAGGAGUUGUUAGGGGCAGAUUUGAGGAAUAUUAAGGGGCAGGUAUUAACAUCUGGCAGCAGCAGUAGUAGGAAGCCUGCCCGGAAGCCGUUCAUAGAUCCACCAAGCUUGAGUGAUUCUAAAAGUAAUAAGGUGUCCACGAGUUUAUCUAUGGGCGACCUUUGUGCUGUCGAUUCUGCAUCCAUACCUUCUAUUUCUAGGGCAGCAGAGGUGAUGGAUUAUCCGAGACAUCCCUCAGCAGCAUCCUCGACCUCGGUAGAAUUGACAACGCGUCUUGAUUUCUUCAAGGAAAGGAGGUCUCAGCUAAUGGAACAACUCCAUGGCCUGGAUCAAAACUAUGCAGCAAAAACUCAAAAUUUUCUUUAUAAACCCUCAUCUCCUCCCUGGAACUGA